GUACAAUCUCCGAACUCAAUUCUUGCACAAGUUUUACGUCAAACCUUCGUGAUGGAGGCAUAGCCUGUAUCAACUGUGGCGAUGAAUAGAAGACGUAGACAGGUCAUUUAAUACGGCUUGUAAAGUGGACCGAGUUAACGCACUACAUCAUGAAUGUCACCGAUCCCAGCACCCUAGUAACUGCCUCAGGGAACGUACUCCCUCCAUUCAAUGUAUACACCAUGAUUGGGCCAGUAGUGCUGGGCGCGCUCGUUAACGCCUGCCUCUUCGGCGGUCUCGUCGUUCAGACUUAUGUCUAUUAUGCAAAUUUCCCCAACGAUCACCCAGUGAUGAAGCUCACGGUAGCAGCCAUCCUUGCAUCGCAGAUUGCACAUCUGAUUUGUGUAUCAGCGACAUUGUGGAAUGUUGUUGUCAACGGCUACGGCAACCCUCUGACACUGUUGAUCUUCCCGCUGGGAGCAGACGCGACCAUCCUCUUCACUGCAAUUACAGGGGCACUGGUAGAGUCAUCCUUCGCGUUUCGGCUGUGGAAGCUUUCGAAAACACUUACUCUGCCCCUUAUCUCGCUGGCACUCUGUUUAUUAGCUCAGUCUAUCGCGCUCGCGAUGGCAGCGAAAGCUUUCGCUAUGACAAACCUUGUGACAUUCGAAACCGACGAAAACAGACUCAUCAUACUUGCGCUCACCUCGCGUCUGGUCUGUGAGUUGACACUUACCCUGUCCAUGGUGUGGUACCUGAGGAAGCAACGGUCGUCGACAUUUUCAAGGACAACGACCAAAAUUGACCGUUUGGUUCUGUGGACUCUCGAAACUGGCCUUAUAACUAGCCUGGUCGUGGUCUUUGUCAUGAGCUUCUUCCUAGCAACGAAGCAGAAUUACAUAUGGAUUGGAAUAUAUGCAAACCUUGCAACUGUCAAUGCGAACUCGUUGCUUGCAUCGUUAAACGGCAGAUUAAUCAUCCGAAGCGUGCCAAACGACAGUUUAAACAUGAAUACUCUGAGUAGUUCAUCUGGUGGGCGUAGCCGCAGAACUCAGUCUGUUGUGAUCAACGUCACGCAGACAAUCGGAAGCGCUCCAGGUAUUUUCAAAUACGAUGAAGGCGAAGUUUAGGUUCGAGAAACUGGGGUAGUGACUACAACGACAAUUUAUGCGUUAUAUGAUGAAGCUAUUAACCAACUACCAUUCGCUGAUUCGGAUGCACGCACGGGAACAUCGAGAAACGUAGAGCCAAAUGAUAAUUUUCUUUCAAGGAGUCCUCCAAAAUCCUGGUAGCUCGAGUUGCCCAACUCACCACGAAUAUCAUUUCAAUGAGUGUCAACUGCUCGGUCUCAAGCCUUGGCCGUCGGGUCGGCUAUUCAAGA